CGUGGUGCUCAUGCGCGCUGCAGCGCGCGCCCGCCGCGCAUGCGCUGGUGGGGCACACGAGCUCCGCGGAGCCGCCGGCGCGCGGCCCCUCAUGGCCAAGCGGCGCGCGGAGCCGCUGAUGUGCCACGUGCCCGUGAAGCGGCUGCUGCGCGAGCCGGCGCUGCCCCGCGCGGGCGAGCGGCGGCCCCGGGCAGAGCUGGGCUCCACGGGCCCGGCUGCGCUCAAGCGCCCGCUAGAGGAGGCGGAGGCGCCGCCGGGAAAGCGACUCGGGCCCGGCGCCCCCCGUGCCCAGCCGGGGGACGCGAGCGGUGGGCGGCGCGGCGGGACUGUGGCGCCCCAGGACGCGCCAGCGGUGGAGGGACGCGCGGGCGGCCGGGGCAAAGAGCAACCUGCUGCCGCCGCCGAGCAAGAAGAAUUCUGUCAGUAUAACUCAUUCCUGUACUGGAGAGCACCACUGCCUGCUGUUGAUUUGUCUGAUAUUCAGAACCUAGAUGAAGAGACUCCAUCGGGUGCUAAAACUGCUACAAGGACUGAUACCGCAGAGACUGAAAUGGAAACCUGAUCAGUUGUUUCCUAGCUGUGCAUGUGUUCCCUGGAAGCUUGUUUCCACUGAGAAACAAGGCGUUGUUCCUUGGGUGAAUAAUAAGCAUGCUUAUGCGGUCUUGGAGAAACUGUUGUGGCAGUCUUUAAAAGCAAAUCGGAGUUGCCUUAGUGGAUGGGAUAAACGGUAUUGGCUACUUAACAGGAAGAUGUCUGAAGGUGUGCAGUAAGAAGGAGCCAACAGUGUCUAACAAGAAUAGUUGAAGACAUGGAGGCGGACUAAAAGAAGAAUAUAGAAAAUUAGAACUUUAGGAUGCAAUUUAAAGAAAUGGGGAUAUGUUACAUGUCAAAAGGAAAUGCAAAAUUAUUUUGUCUGUCCUGAACAAAAAAUGUGUGGUACCUGAAAGUGAAGUAUUUAACAUGUGAAUUUAUCAUAAAGCACACAAACUAGUGAUUUCUAUUGUGUUGUUUUUUUUUUUCCUGUAUAAUAGCUAAACCAAAAAGUAAGAGUCCUUCAAAAUUGGACAAAACAUUCCCUUUUCUAUGCAAACCAAAAACCAAGUGUGGCAGAGAAGGGGAAGGAAAAGGCGCUACUUUCUGCUGGAAACUGUUGCUGAUCUGAAAGGUUUUACAUUCUCAUUGUGAAAAGGUUUUUUCUCCUUUUUGCAUUAUGGACAGGAGUGGGCACCCAUUUUUUAUGGUUUUGGUUCAUUCUAAAGUUACUGCUAUUCUUAGUCUUUGUGAUGUUGCUCUGAACAAGUUGAUAGCAUCUGAAUGACAGGUUUGGGCAGAUGUGUCAAGAAAAGCUAGUGCAAUAUAAAAUGACCACACACACUCUUUCAAACUAUAUUGAAGGAGGUGUGGUUUUUGCAGAGACUGUGAAUCUUGCAGAAAGUUGUUGGAGAAUUUCAUUCAAAUAGUGGUUUUUUGCUGUGAAAUAUAAACUUAAUGUUUGUGAUUUGCAAUUUAUUUACAAACUGAAGUACAAUUAGAAAGGUGUUUUUAAUAAUAGACUGAAGUGGUAUAGGAAGACUUAGAUUUUGGAAUAUGAUUUGUCUUUAAGGAUAGAAAACAUUGUAUUUUUUCUGUAAUCACUGUGGAAAAAGGCAACUUUUGAAUUUUAUUUUUUUUAAUGAUGUGUUUGUUAAAGGACAAUAAAGUUUUGCCUGUGUGUAUAUGAAAA